CCUCGAUGUGAAACUCUCAUCAGCAAUCAUUCGACCUUCACAAGCUUCUGAGCUCUAAAACUAUAGGAAGCUAACUUGCAGUUCUUGUGUAAGAACACAGUUUGGGACAACUACUGCAAGCAAACAGUAAUCAGCCUUCGGAAUUUAUACUGUAAGAGACAUCCACAACAGAAUGUCCUUGAAGCAUCUGACUGCUAUAAACUGUGCUGGACUUCUGCAACCUGGCUGCUCGUUACUGUAUCUGGAAGGGGAUGUUUACCUUUUCGGUCAGAAAGGCUGGCCCAAACGCUCCUGUCCAACAGGCUUAUUCGGUGUACGUAUUAAACAUGGGGAGCUCAAGCUGCGUGCCAUCUCAUUCUCCAACAAUUCCUGCUAUAUUCCACCUCUGCGGUGUCCAGCAAUCACUCAUCUAAAACCUUGUGAUGGAAGCCCCGAGUGUUACCUCAUCCAUGGGGGCCGUACACCCAAUAAUGAGCUGUCCUCUAGCCUCUAUGUGCUAAGUGUCGACAGUCGCGGAUGCAAUCGAAAAGUCACAUUGAAAUGCCAGGAGAAAGAGCUGGUGGGGGAGCUUCCAGGGCCUAGGUAUGGCCACUCCAUUAGUGUAGUCCACAGCAGGGGAAAAACAGCCUGUGUUCUUUUUGGUGGCAGGUCUUACAUGCCACCUGCUGAGAGAACCACUGAGAACUGGAACAGUGUGGUGGACUGUCCACCCCAGGUGUACCUCAUUGACCUGGAGUUUGGCUGCUGCUCAGCUCAUACACUCCCAGAGCUCACGGAUGGGCAGUCAUUUCACAUGGCACUGGCUCGAGAGGAUUGUGUUUACUUCUUGGGUGGCCACAUUCUCUCCACCGACUGCCGUCCGGCUCGCCUGUUCAGGCUGCGUGUGGAGCUUCUCUUAGGCAGCCCAGUGCUCUCUUGUGAUAUGUUUAAUGACGGUCUGUCUAUCACAAGUGCCAUUGCAACUCCUGUGGGUGCUGCUCAUGAGUAUAUCAUCCUUGGUGGCUACCAGUCAGACUCCCAAAAGCGAAUGCAGUGCACCUAUGUCGCACUGGAUGACGUAGGCAUACGUAUGGAACCACGAGAGCCACCACAGUGGAGCAGUGAGAUCAGCCAAAGCCGUACUUGGUAUGGUGGAAGCCUGGAAAAGGGAAGUGCAUUGAUAGCUAUUCCAUCGGAGGGAAAUCCUGCACCUCCAGAUGCCUAUUAUUUUUACCAGGUAAGCUUCCAGCAAGAGGGAGAUGUGGAAGAUCCAACCCAGACAUGCAGCCAGGAGUCCACAGACUUUGAGGAUUCAGCUCCUCUAGAGGAUUCAGAAGAGCUGUACUUUGGGCGUGAUCCUAAUGAGAUGGAGUAUAGCAGCGAUGGAGAAAGAGACACUUACAACGAAGAAGAUGAGGAGGACGAAUCUCAGACUGGCUACUGGAUCAAGUGCUGUCUCACCUGCCAGGUAGACAUCAACACCUGGGAGCCUUUCUACUCCACUGAGCUCACCCGACCAGCCAUGAUCUUUUGCUCUAGAGGUGAAGGUGGACACUGGGUGCAUGCUCAGUGCAUGGAGCUCUCUGAGAGUCUACUGCUACGCCUCUCUCAGGACAACAGCAAAUACUACUGCCUGGACCACGGCGGCCUUGCCAAGCAAGAGAUGACCCCACCACGUCCAUCAGUGCCUCUGAAGAGAGAGCCAAUGAAGAUAAUGCACCGCAAAGCCCCUAUCAUGCUGAAAAUGACUCCAGCCAAGAAAAGCUUCCUCAGGAGACUGUUUGACUGAGCGGUUCUUGCUUCACUGGUUAUAUAUCAGAGCUAAAAUUGAAUGUUCAGACAAUUAUGUGCUACUUGUUGAAUGACUAUAAUGCCUAUUGCUAUAAUACCUAUAAAUAGUGCUAUUUGCUGUACCUUCAACU